ACUCUGCCGCAGUUAAACCCCUUUCCGUCUUCACCCUCUCAAAACUUCACUGCCAGCGAAAGUACUCCUCUCUGCAAAGCAACAAUGGAGGAGCAAACUAAAGGGACAGUUACUUCAUUAUCGUCGAUGUUUCCCGUCGACGAAGCACAGAAAGCGGCGAAGCGCGUGGAGGACACAGUUGCAGAGAAGCAGAAAGAGCUCGACGACCUCAAAGAAUUCAUCGCUGAUAAUACUAAUCUCAUUAACCUCGUUUCUCGCCUUCCCGAUGAACUUCACCAUGACGUCAUGGUUCCAUUUGGAAAAGCAGCGUUCUUUCCUGGUCGAUUAGUACACACUAAUGAGUUCAUGGUUCUUCUAGGAGAAGGUUACUACGUAGAAAGAACAGCAAAGCAAACCGUGGAGAUUUUGAAAAGAAGAGGGAAGGUUUUGGAUUCACAAGUUGAAUCUCUUAAGGCUAAUAUAAAGGAUCUUAGAGCUGAGGCUUCAUUUUUUGAUUUUACUGCUUAUGAGGCAGCGGAGGGUCUUGUGGAGAUUAGGGAGGAUUAUGUGGAGGAAAGUUCUGGUAAAGGAAAAUCUAAAUCAGAGAAAAAUGACGACAAAGUUGUGGUUGACAACGAUGAAUUUGCUCGUAUAAUGUCCAGGUUGGAUGAACUUGAGAAAGAAGAACUUGCGGUUGAAGGUGAUAAUGAGAACGAUGUAGAUGAAUACACCAGAACUGCUGAAAGUGACAAUGAGAGUGAUGAAGAUCAGCUCAAUAAUACUGUUGAAUCUGAUGAUGAGUGUCAUGAAGAUGAGCAUACUGAUAUGCCAAAGAGGGGUAAUGGCAAUUAUGGAUACGAGCCAAAGGAAGCUAAGCUUAAUCAUUUUACAUCUCAGAAUUUUUUUGAGAUGAGGAAACCACAAAAACAAACUAAAGUUGGAAAUGUACCUGUUCAAGCAUUAUCAAAUAUGUAUGACCGUCAAUUAGAUAUUAAUGAUAAGCCAGACUGCACAGGUUUGACAGUACAGUCUCUAUCCAAAGUUGUAUCUUCAGAUCAUAAGUCAGAUAGCAAACCAUUGAGUGAGACAAAGGAGUCUAUUCCUUCUGAAAAAUCUCUACUGUUUCCUGAGGUGAAGGAGAAAGUCAAAACAGUAUCAUCAACGAGAAAUGAGACACCUGAACGGACUCCAAAACAAGGAUUUGACAGUUCCAAGGCUUUUACGGGUUCAAUUGUGGAACGAACUGUUGACCUUCCAAAUUCACAACAAAAAACUGUUGCAUCAUCAGAGUCAUCCAAUCCCCAACCUUCAAAGCCAGUCUCUCGAUUCAAAAUGCAGAGAAGAUAGCUCUCAGUAAUGUCAAAGUACAUGCGAAAGUAGAAAAGCUGGACCUAUUUGGAUGACUAAUAUGAACCAUGGUUGCUCAUGAACUGCACUGCUGAUAUAUUACUUAUGCUAUAAAUUUUCAUCCUGUAUCGGUAAUUGCAUAAAUUAGCCGAGCUUGUGAAUGACCUGAACGAAUGAAUGAAUGAAUAACCUUCUUGUUUC